UCUGGUGUCCCAGAGCCCAGCUCCACCACUACAUUGACUCCUGCACAGUGCGAUCCCUGGAAGAGCAGCGAGCAGAUCCCAGGAUCCGAAAGAUCACCAACACCUUCCGAAAAUCUGGCGCCUUGUGACGUGGCUAAGGUGGUGGAGAAAUGGUGGGGCUGUAAAAGGAUCGAUUAUGCUCUGUACUGUCCAGAUGCUCUCACUGCCUUUCCCACCGUCACCCUCCCCCAUCUCUUCCACGCCAGCUACUGGGAAUCAACUGAUGUUGUGGCAUUUAUACUUCGCCAGGUGAUGAAGCAGCAGAAUGUGGAGCUGGGAGACACUGACUUGGAGAUUUCCGACUAUUCCCCCCCACUACCGCAGGGCAAGUGGCUGCGAAAGAGAACGCAAGUCAAGAUACGGAAUGUAGCAGCCAAUCACAGAGCCAGUGAUCUGGUGGUGGCAGCGGGUGCCCAGCAGGUACUGAGCGGGCGAUUUGCCUAUGGCCCACUGGAUGUGGUCACCCUGACUGGUGAGAAGGUUGAUAUCUACAUUCUGACCCAGCCUCCCUCAGGGAAGUGGGUCCAGUUUGGAUCAGAAAUCACCAGCAACAGUGGCAGGGUCUCGUGUACAAUCCCGUCUGAUCAGCGUCUCCCCAUCGGGGUCUACCCCGUACGGAUGUUUGUCAG